CCUGCAUAAACAUUAAAAGCAUAACAUGAAUAUAUAAUAUUGCUGUAGGUUUUACAUAUAUAGUUGUGUACUGAAUGCAUCGGCAUACUAGCUGAGGUAUGGCAGUGCAGAAAUCUUUCGCCAUGACGGUAAUGUUGUGUGUCUGUCUUCAACCUACGACAGCCACACCUCCGGUCUUAGAGAAAGUUGACGAAGGUUGGGUAAAGGAAGCGCUUGAUGUAGUGUUGGCAGAGGCGUCAGUGUCUCACUGUUCCUUAAUUUUCAUCAUGGACAAGACGUCAUCCUAUUUUUAUGAGGCGUUGAGGAUCCGUGUGUCCGCAAGGAAGACUGGUGGGGAUGUGGUCUUCGAUGUGGCAGACGACAGAAGUAUUGGUGUCAAUCUCACCAUGACGCAAGUAGUGGCUCAGGCUCGUAAGAUGCAGCUGAUGUCCUGGUGUACAUUGGUGGUUGUCUUCAGUGACAACUCGACCUUCCUGUCUGUUUUCGCGGAGAUUGCUGAUAAAGGUCGGCUGAUGGUGUGGGAAACAAAACUUUUAGUAAUCACCAGGCUUCCUUUGUCGAACCUUCAGGACCUGUUACAGAAUUACUGGACCUUCUCAAUGAUGAAUACAAUGUUUCUUGAACUCAACACAUCAUCGGGAGAAAACCACUGCCGGAUAUAUGGCCACAUGCCAUAUGGACCCAAUGGAUCCCAUGUAGCGCAACUGGCAAGCCUGAAUUCUGGGCACGUUUUGGUGAAUCUCGGUGACAGAACGCUGUUCCCUGAAAAAUACAAUAAUUUCCAUGGUAUGAAGGUUAACCUCACAUGGAUUCCCUUGACACCGUAUUGGAUGGUAAUGAAACGACCAGGACCAAACGGCACAGAAGUAACUACGUUCAGUGGAAGGGAAUAUUGGAUCAUGGAAAACAUAGCACUGAUCCUCAACUUUUCUCUGAACCCUCUCCCAUACACAGGAUGGGAUCCAGUAAUGAAACGCUUGAGAACUCGUGAAGCUUUCCUUUGGCCUGUUACCCUGCCAAUAUUACCACACAUGCUGGAGCUUUAUGAUUUCAGUUUUUUUCUGGAGCGAUCCACUCUGGCCUUCACUAUGGCUAAGCCAUCCACCAAACCUACAUGGGAGAGCCUUUAUCGUCCUCUCAAGAUCGAUGUGUGGGGCCUCGUCGUGGCUUCAGUUGUAAUUGUGUAUAUUGUUCUCCUGAUGAUGAAUAAAAGCGGUAAAGACAAGGGACCCGGUGCAUGGCUAGUAAUGAAGCAGGUACUUGGGACACUACUUGACGAGGCCAUCCCCGGAGAGCUACCACAACGCAGUACCACGAGGGUGGUUUUGACGGCAUGGCUGAUCUUUAGUUUCGUCGUGGGAACAGUUUACCGCAGCAAUCUCACUGCCUCCCUCACAAUACCAAAGUACCCUCCUCGCAUCGAGACCCUCAGCGGACUGGUUGAUGCAAAUACCAAGCAAGUAGAUCGUGCGUUUUUUUUUUUUUUUUUUCCGUUCCAUGUGGCACUCAGUUUUCCAGUAUAGGACAAAUAUUCAGCUGUUGUUUGCAGAGGAUACUAUACAGGUAUAUAUCUGACGGAGAGUUUGAUAUCUUAAAUAGAUUUAUAUACAAAGAUAUAGAGAUAAUGAAAUUUUAAAAUGCAAUGGCCAACCCACAUUGGAAUACAUCUGCUGCUAUGGGUAAAAUACUGUCAGCCAAUUGCAAAGCUGGAAAUGUGGGGGAAAGGCGCUGACAGUGAUAGUGACUGAAAUAACACCCUGCUCUCUCGUUUCUUGGCUUCUAACACAACUAUAUCCCUAUUCGGUGAUCACUGUGGCACAGAAUGGUAUUCCUGAGUAUAGUUUCUUCAUAAAUUUAUUACCCAGAAUGUGAAAGUGUGUAUAUCUUGCCUUCAAUCGUUGGAAGUAUGGAGGCAUUGGUGAAGAGGCUAGCUGAUCCGGUAAUGCCAUCUGUUAUGAGAGCUCCCUCACUGUGCUCCCUGCAUGACUAUGUGCCUAUUCUGUGAUCACUGUGACAUGCAAAGAUAUUCCUGAGCAUAGUUCCUUAAUAAGUAUACUACUAAGUACAAAGAAACAUUUUUAUAUUUUCUUUCAAUUCCUGGAAAUAUCAGGUUACGUACUCAUCGAUGAGAUGUAGAGAAACACUAAGUUCCAUUUACAUCAAGCAAGAACUUGAUAAAACUUCAGUGUUUACGAAUUCCUUGAAGCUACGUGACUUAUUUUACUUAUGUAACCUGGCAUUUUUUUUUUUUAACUUAUGAACUCUGUUCACUGAAAAAAACAACGAUAAAUAUUAACAUUCAUCUCUGCAGACGUUUUUCUUCAUUAUUUUAUUUUAUUAAUUUAUGUAAGAGCGGCUCUGGAUAAGGGCUUGAAAAUGCAGAAAAAGACCCACUGAAAGUGCCAGUUACCAAAGAGUAGAACCAAAAGGAUUAUCCAAAAUUAGAGGAGUAAUGUCUUCAAAACUAUCUUUCGAAAGAAUUUAAUUCAUAGAUAAGGGGAAAUACAGAAGCAGGCUGUGUGUUCCAGAAUUUACCAUAAAAAGGGAUGAUAGGUUGAGAAUAUUUGUUAAAUCUUGGAUUAGGAAGGCGAAUAUUUUCAGAUUUGGUUGACAUCGAAACGGUGCUGGAGCGUUCCCCACCAGAUCGAAACGACUACACACCAGACAGGACUUAAGCAAUUCAGCAUCCUCCGUUUUUUUUUUUUCUUUUUUCUUUGACACGUCUUAAAGACAAAUUAUUUACCCCCGUACUCUUCGGUUGCCAAGGAGUGUCAUAGGUGUAAAAUAA